UCAGUGUUUCACCCCGGACUGUUUUUGAAGCGACACAGCCGCUAUGGCCCAUGAAGUCGAUGGUGUUCCUCAGCGUGUUUUGGAGUAUUUGACAGAAGUGGAGGAGGCAGCAGAGGAUGUUCUCACCACCAAACAACAGAUUGUGGACCUGGAUGUAAAGAGAAACCGGAACCGGGAGGCGCUGAACGCACUGAAACAUGAGCUGUCAGAUUCAGAGAAAGUGAAGGUUUGUUUUGGGAACAUGUUCAUCAAGUUUCCCAAAUCCAAGACAAAAGAAAUGAUUGAGAAAGACCAGGAGCAGCUGGAAAACGAGAUAAAUGACCUUCGCAAAGGUCUGAAAGCAAAAGUAAAUCGUCUCAACGAGCUGCAAGGAAAACCCGAGCUGAGAGGCUACAGUCUCUCUCCACUGACCCCUGAUGAAGUCAAAGCUAUUAGCAACCUUUUGAAGAGGUGACAUGUGCUUAACUCUGGAGGAUGUGAUGUCACAGCGACAGUUGACGUCUUUAUAAUCAGAUAUUUUUACAGUUUCUAAAACAUUAUUUUGUUCAACCCCCUCCCAAAAAAUACUAAUAAUAUCUCAGUUUAAGUGAUUAUGUCCAACUACGUUAACAUCUUUGUUUGUAUAAACAGUAGUCAGCUUUUGUAACGCAUCCAUUAAACCGAGGGAAAUUAACGCUGUCACUUUAGGACAUUUCACUUUAUAUGGUUAGGUGAGACGGCUGAAUCCUCAAAUAAAAUGCUAUGCAGACGA